GCAGCCAGGUCGUCCAUGCGACCGAGGCUACAGGGUAGUUCGCACGUGUCGAGAGAAUUCCCUGCACUCCUUGCUCGCACGUGCUGCAUUCCCUUCUUGCCGCACAAAAUACAGGCUGCCAUCUCGUUAACAAUCCUCAUUUUUUCAGAACUCCAUUGCUCUAGGGUUUUCGUCGCAUCGACCAUGUACAGAGCUGCAGCUUCUCGACUCAGAGCUCUCAAGAGCUGUUCCAGUGAUAGGGCAACUGCAUCCAGAUAUGCUAGUACGAGCAUCGCAAAAAGCUCCUCCUCUGGAGGUCUUUUCAGCUGGCUUACGGGAGAACGCUCUAGUUCACUUCCCUCUCUAGAUUUUCCACUUCCGGAUGUCAGUCUCCCACCUCCGUUGCCAGAUUAUGUGGAACCAGGCAAGACGAAGAUAACAACUCUUGCCAAUGGUGUCAAGAUCGCCUCUGAAACAUCUGCAAGUGCUGCUGCCUCGAUAGGGUUAUACGUCGACUGUGGUUCUGUCUAUGAAACGCCCAUCUCAAUUGGGGCCACACACCUGUUGGAACGAAUGGCAUUCAAGAGCACAAGAAACCGGAGCCAUCUACGUAUUGUAAGGGAAGUGGAGGCUAUUGGGGGCAAUGUCACGGCAUCGGCGUCUCGUGAGCAGAUGGGCUAUUCUUAUGAUGCUCUGAAGACGUACCUGCCUGAAAUGGUUGAGGUGCUUAUUGAUUGUGUAAGGAAUCCCGUUUUUCUUGAUUGGGAGGUUAAUGAGCAGCUACAGAAAGUGAAGGCGGAGAUAGCGGAAAUUUCUAACAAUCCGCAGGGUUUGCUUUUAGAGGCAAUUCACUGUGCCGGAUAUUCUGGUGCCUUGGGGAAUCCUCUCUUGGCCCCAGAAUCUGCAAUUAGCCGAAUAAAUAGUACAGUUUUGGAGGAAUUUGUUACUGAGAACUACACUGCUCCCCGAAUGGUUCUUGCAGCAUCGGGGGUGGAACAUGAGGAGUUGUUAUCAUAUGCAGAGCCUCUUCUAUCUGACCUCCCCAAGGUUCCUCCCCCCACGGCACCAAAAUCUGUUUAUGUUGGUGGUGAUUAUCGCUGUCAAGCUGACUCACCGAGCACUCAUGUCGCACUUGCCUUUGAAGUUCCUGGUGGUUGGCUCAAUGAGAAGGAAGCCAUGACAUUGACAGUACUUCAGAUGCUUAUGGGAGGGGGUGGCUCUUUUUCUGCUGGAGGUCCUGGGAAAGGGAUGUACUCUCGGCUUUAUCUCCGCAUCUUAAAUGAAUUUCAGCAAAUCCAGUCAUUUUCUGCUUUUAACAGUAUCUACAACAACACCGGCAUCUUUGGGAUUCAUGCAACCACUGGUUCUGAGUUCGUAUCUAAUGCUGUCGAUUUAGCAGCAAGAGAGCUUCUUGCAGUUGCAACUCCUGGACAAGUUGACCAGGUGCAGCUAGAUCGUGCCAAGGAGGCAACAAAAUCUGCAGUUCUGAUGAACCUGGAAUCAAGAAUGGUUGCAUCAGAAGAUAUAGGGAGACAAAUUUUGACAUACGGGGAGAGAAAGCCCAUUGAGCAUUUCUUGAAGGCCGUAGAUGAAGUUACUCUAAAGGACAUAACUUCCAUUGGCCAGAAGAUAAUCUCUUCACCUCUCACAAUGGCGUCAUAUGGAGAUGUUACUAAAGUCCCCAGCUACGACUCCGUUGACAGGAAGUUCCAUGCCAAAUGAGCGUAGUAGCAACCACUGAUCUCAACAUCUAUAUUUUCUGUGAUUUUCAGGGCUUUUCUAUUUUCCGGUCAUGGCUGUAGCUUCAGAUUUUUAUUUUAUUUUAUUUUAAAGUUGUGAGAGAAGCUAUUGAAAAUUCCCAUUUGGAUCAAUAAGCCAGUGAUCCAGUGAAGUCUUUGGUGCCCAAGACUUUCGAUCUGCCCAGUGAGCCCAAACUUCCGUUUGUCAUUGGGUUCAGACAGGGAUUCAUUUGCAUGAACGCUGUAAUAUCCCUUUUUUUUUUUCCAUGGGAAACAUGUUUCCUGCAAUUUUUUGGUUCAAAUAAAUUCUGAAUUAUUCUUA